UCCAGCACAUAUGACGCUCAAGGACUCCAAUUGGCCAGGGGUUAGAUAGGAUCUGUGUGGCCAUCAAAUUAAGGAAGGGAGGCAGAGAGUCCACACACUACUACAUUCAGUGCAGCUGCAGCCAAAGCUCUAGACCCACCCCAGCUCCUCCUGACCUCAUGCCAGCAACACUCUCAUACUUAGUGCCAACAUCCCAAGGAGAGCAGCAGCCCCUGGAGGAGACUCAAUGACAAUGUGCUGCUCCUAAAGCUCUCCCUGACCCCGUCCUGUCCACUGCAUCUCUAAAGAAGCUAGGGAAGUGGGCUGCCUGCUUUUCAAGACUACUUGUUGCUUCUGAACCCAGUGGAAACAUAGACCAGCAUGGAGUACACAGCUUCUCACAAGCCUCAGCUCUCCUCCAGGGCGAAUGCCUUCUCCAUUGCUGCCAUCAUGUCUAGUGGGACAGGCAAAGACAAGGACACUGAGAGUACGAUCAAGCCACUGGAACAAUUUGUGGAGAAGUCAUCAUGUGGGCAGCCUCUUAAUGACAUAUCCAGUGUGGACCCUCAUGGGGACUUUAGCAGCAGUCCAGUUUCUCUGUGUACAGAGCCUCUAAUCCCCACUACUCCCAUCAUCCCCAGUGAAGAGAUGGCCAAGAUUUCUUGCAGCUUGGAAACCAAGGAGCUGUGGGACAAAUUCCAUGACCUAGGGACAGAAAUGAUCAUUACCAAGUCUGGCAGGAGGAUGUUUCCUACAAUCAGGGUCUCAUUUUCAGGAGUUGAUCCAGAUGCUAAAUACAUAGUUCUAAUGGAUAUAGUGCCAGUUGACAAUAAGAGAUACAGAUAUGCCUACCACAGAUCUUCUUGGUUGGUGGCAGGAAAAGCAGAUCCUCCUCUACCUGCUCGGUUAUAUGUCCAUCCAGAUUCUCCAUUUACCGGGGAGCAAUUGCUAAAGCAAAUGGUUUCUUUUGAAAAAGUCAAGCUCACAAACAAUGAACUGGACCAACACGGCCAUAUCAUCCUGAACUCAAUGCACAAGUACCAGCCAAGGGUGCACAUCAUCAAGAAAAAGGACCACACGGCAUCUCUGCUGAAUCUGAAAUCAGAAGAAUUCAGGACAUUUAUAUUUCAAGAAACGGUCUUUACUGCAGUUACAGCCUAUCAAAACCAAUUGAUAACCAAGCUGAAAAUUGACAGCAAUCCUUUCGCAAAAGGGUUCCGGGACUCAUCCAGGCUGACAGAUAUUGAGAGGAGAGAUCGACUAUCUAAUGAGUAUGGUGGUCUACUAACUCUCACCCCAGAGGCGGAAAGAAGUUUUAGGGAAAGUGUAGAAAGUCUUAUACAGAAACAUUCAUAUGCAAGAUCCCCAAUCAGGACAUAUGGAGAUGAUGAUAUUGUGGGUGAAGAUGGUCAAGUAGUACAGAGCAGAGGAUCAGCUUUUACAACAUCUGACUUGUCGCUCUCCUCUUGGGUAUCCUCCACAUCAGGAUUCUCUGGUUUUCAGCACCCGCAAACAUUGACGGCACUAGGCACCAGCACUGCUUCUCUUGCCACUCCAAUCCCCCACCCAAUCCAAGGAUCCCUGCCCCCCUACAGCCGGAUAAGCAUGCCUCUCACACCUACAGCUCUCGCAAGUACCAUGCAAGGAAGUGGGCCUACGUUCCCUUCCUUUCAUAUGCCCAGGUAUCACCAUUACUUUCAGCAGGGGCCUUAUGCAGCCAUCCAAGGACUGCGACACUCUGCAGUGAUGACUCCAUUUGUAUGACUGAGUUGAUUCACAGGAGAUGCCUACAAUAUACACAUAAAUUUAUGUGACUGGAGCAGUUAAGAGUUAACAGGGUCACAUACAUCACAUGCUAUUGUAAGGAUGACAAAAGCACUGAAUCUCCUCAAAUAACCGGACUCCAGCCAAACCAUGGAGAAAAACAUAAAGCAGAUCUCAGCUACUAUAACCUUUUCCAUUGAAGAUGUUAUAAAUGACUACGCUGACACAGGACAACCUAAAAUGUCAUCCUCUUGAAAAUUUUUAGAAGAUGUUUUGUCACUGUCAGUAAUAUCUUACUAGAUACUGACUUAGUUUCAUGUCCAUUGCUGCUUUACUAUUUCAAAUGGAGCCGCUGAAGAAGGCUUUAAACACAGGAUUGUACAUACCGAUCUUUCCCAUAUAUAUUGCAAUAAUUCUCAAUAUUUUAUCCAUUCAUUGGAAGCCAGAGCCAAAAUGGUUAUUAUGAGAAGUAGUGCAUGUCUAAACACCCUGCAGUCAUAAUGUGAGCAUCAUAUGGACCAGCGCAACAUGGCUUUACUUUACACAUAGGACAUGGUAUGUGGGCUAUUCAUGACAUAAGGUGUUCUCUACUACAAGGAACCUGAGAAGACCCAUAUCUAAGGCCACCACUUGCACUCGAGUGCCAAUGUUUAGCAAUAACAAGGAUUGGUGUAUUUGUUUCCAAUUUUUAUUUUUAAGAACUAUACAGAGUAAGUUUUAUGGGCACAAUUAUCACUUUGUGGUUGAUGAAACUAAUCUGCAGACUUGAUGGCAAACUGGACUACAACCCUCUGUGUAUAGUUUCCUUAGUGGUAAAGUUACAUUUUUAAGCUCUGAUCCUGCCAAUGUUAAUAUCAAUAGAAAUGUGUUGAUAUUUAUAUCAGGCUUUCAGAAUAUGGUGUUUUUAGAUUUUCAGAGAUCACUGCAUUGUCAAGCAAAUUGUUAACGUUGUGUUUAUUAUUUUAUAUAUUGUAUAACUGUUAAAGUAUAUUUUAUUAUUUAUUGACCUACGUCCAAAGCCUGCAGUCGUCACUUCUUUCCAUUCACUGUUACAACUUUUAGGAUUCUUUAGGAGAGAACAUUUGUCAAGGAUAAACAUGUCAUUUCUAAGAUGUAAAAUAUGAUAUACAAGUCUCAGAAUGUCUGAACGGGGUUAAUGCCAAGCUGUUCCAUUUUAAAGAAGCCUUACUACUUUAAAUAUGAGAAUGCACACAUAGUAGAUAUAUCAAAUGCUGAUGUUGACAGACAAAACAACAGUAGUUUACUAGUAUAUUAAUAAUCAUAUAAAAUAGCUUAAUACAUUGCAUAGAGGACUUCUUUUGAAAUACCCUUUUAGAUUAUUCUGACUCAUUUGGGAGGGUAUUUAUUAGUGAAAAGCAGUUCUCAUUCUCAGGACAUGGUGCAUUUAUGCAUUGCAAUAAGAUCCAAUGGAACCAAAUAAUGCUUCAUGAUAUAUGACCCCAGGAAUAUAUAAUGUACAUGACACCAACUUACUGCCAAUUAAAAAGUGCUGUCCCUUUAAAGAAGACCGGUCACCUCUCCUGACAUGUCUGUUUCUGUAAAUACUUGCGUUGCUCUCCAUGUUGGUACAUGGGGAAUGCAAGUUGUAGUAAAACAGACAUGUCAGGAGAGAUGACCGGUUUUCUUUAAAUUAGGCUAUCAAGUCACAUACUUCUUAUUUCCUACGAUUAUUCGUAAAUUGAAAAAGACAGUAAUCCCUUUAAAUUCUUAUAGAGUUUGCUCUAUAACUACUUUAAGGUGGACCUUCGUAUUUGUAAGAAAACAAACAAACCUAUGAAAGGCUCUCUUCAUGACUCUAAAAGUUACCGUAUUUAGUAGAUUCUUGGCAUCAUUCAUAAAAUAAAUGCUGGAAAGGAGGCUGUUUUAAGAAAUCUAAAGGAAAGUGAAAAACAAACCAGGAAAAAAAAAUUUGGUUUUCAAAUGUGAUUGCAUAUUUACCUGAAUAAAACAGAAUUAUUUUCAUUGGCUAUCAGGGUAAAAUUUGAGUUGCGUUAAAAGGAUUGUCUAAUAA